GGAUAGAUAGAUGGAUAGCUAGGAAGAAUCGAUGACGACGACAACGAUUGGGAAGUGGGCGAGGACGGGGAGGAGGAGAAUAAGAGCAGGCGACGCCGGCGGCGGAGGAGGAGUAGGAGACGAUGAUGAUGUCGUCGUCGCAGCGACACGCGUACAGCUACGGGGACGCCCUUUACUGGGACGCCCGCUACCUGGCCGACGGCAGCGCCUCCUUCGACUGGUACCAGCGCUAUUCCGCCCUCCGCCCCUUCGUCAGGAAGUACGUCCCCGUCUCCGCCCGCGUCCUCAUGGUCGGCUGCGGCAACGCUGUUUUGUCGGAGGAUAUGGUGAAGGAUGGUUACAUAGACAUCAUGAACAUUGACAUUUCAUCAAUUGUGAUAGACAUGAUGAGAACAAAAUAUGCGCAUAUUCCACAACUACGAUACAUGCAAAUGGAUGUAAGGGACAUGAGCUUUUUUGAUGAUGAAUCAUUUGACUGUGUUUUUGAUAAAGGGACUUUGGAUUCUUUAAUGUGUGGCAUGGAUGCUCAACUCAGUGCUUCUCAGAUGCUAGAAGAAGUGAACAGGUUUUGGUCUCUAGCAGUUGUCUCCUUUUUCUGCAGUCAUCUAAAAUGUCAAGUAUAUGUUCAAGGUUAUGCUUGUAUAUUUAUAUUCUUUGACAUUUCUUAUUUCCUUGAAGUUAGGCUUCUCAGACCUGGAGGGAUCUAUAUGUUGAUAACUUAUGGUGAUCCAUCUGUUCGCAUUCCUCAUUUGAACCAACCAGGAUGCAAUUGGAAGAUUAUUCUGUAUAUUAUACCCAGGCCAGGAUUCCAAAGCCCCAGAGGGGAUAGUCGACCAAGGUCAAUCAUGGAACCUGUCCCACUUACUGAGAGCGGCCAGCUUCCGGCUGGUUUUGUUCUCGAAGAUCCAGACUCGCACUACAUAUAUGUGUCUAGCUAUAUUCCCAAACUGCUGCUGUUGAGAAAAACAAGGCAACAAUCUCGGUGAUAGUGAUCUCUGCCUCUGCAGUGUUGCUCUUCUUACUUCUUAGAAAGGAAAGGUAGGCCUUGUUUAUGUUGCCACUUGUAUCAAAAGCUUUGCAAGGACUACAGGCCAAAAUGUAAAGGCUAGGCAAGUGAGAUGCAUCUGUCAUUUUGCCACCAUCAUAUUGAUAGAACACUGUCAUGCAUGUUCUUUUACCAUUUGGUAAGAAGGCUUGAUUGGUUUUA